AUGGCCCCAGGUCUCCAAGGACACAGCCAUGUGAAGGCCCUCAUGACCUCACUCUUAGACUACUACAAUUGUCUGCUGGCACUGAAAGGGUCCAAGAAACUAAUCUUGUCUGUGCAUUCCGUUGGGCGCAUCCCUGGAGGUUAUGUCACCAACCACAUCUAUACCUGGGUGGAUCCUCAUGGCCGAAGCAUCUCUCCCCCUGGAGGACUUCCCCAGCACCAGAGCAGCUCCCUCCGGAGACAGGAUGGGGAGAGGAGGAGCAUCCUGCAGUUUCUUCCAGAAGGGGACGAGAAAAAGGUGAACCUGGUACUCGGUGAAGGGAGGUCUCUGGGCCUUAUGAUAAGAGGAGGAGCGGAGUAUGCCUUGGGGAUUUAUAUCACUGGUGUGGAUCCAGGGUCAGAAGCAGAAAGCAGUGGUCUAAAGCUUCUGAUUUCUGUGGCUUCAGCUGUGAUCAUUGGUGUGCGCCUAGAGCAGAUGGGAAAAAAAUCCAUGAACAAGAACCCUCUUUGGCUACCUGGAGAUCUCACAGGAGAAGAUACAGCGAAGCUGGGAUUCUACAAGGGGCCAGCCAGGUCCCAGGUCACCCUGAGCAGCAUGGUCAAUCAGACCCGGGUCAUCUUAGAGGAGCAAGCCCGGCAUCUGCUGAACGAGCAGGAGAGAGCAACCAUGGGCUACUACUUAGAUGAGUACAAAGAAAAUAACAUCCACGUGGAUGCUCUCAUCAUGGCUCUAUUUGAACUACUCAACACCCAAGCCAAGUUUUCCCUCCUUUCUGAGGUGAGGGGGCUGAUCUCCCCCCACGACCUCGAUCGAUUUGACAACAUGGUGCUGAAACGGGAGAUUGAGUCCAUGAAGGCCCGGCAGCCGUCCUGCACCGGCACCGACACUUACUCUGUGGUGUCUUACAGUGACACUGCCUCCUCCUCCGGUAGCCACGUCACUUCGACCACGGUCAGCUCUGCUCGAGAGCGGCUCUUAUGGUUAAUAGACCUAAUGGAGAACACUCUGGACCUUGAAGAGACUGGAGAAGUAAUCCAAGGCAGUAUCAAUGCUCUGCCAGAUGUUUCCUUGGAUGAUGUUGGGUCUCAUUCUGAGGCACCACCUAGCUUCAAGCCUCCACCACCUCCUCCUCCAAUUCAGCCUCUUGACCCCUCUGUUCCUCAACAGAGAAAGACUGGGAAAGAUCAUCUCAAACGCCCUUCUUCAGAGUCUUCUCAAUCGGGGCUUUUCUUCACAGCACCCCGCAUCCUUAGUCCACCAGAGAGGGACAUACCCAGCACUCCGUCCACUGGAGCCACUUCAUCCACGGAGGGUUCCCUUGCCAGCCCCAUCUAUGCCACAAUUUCUCCAGCCAAUCAUAGCUCGAAGAGACCGAUGGAUACACACCUGUCAUUUGUCAACCAGCACCCAAUAGGGCCCUUCCCCAGGGUCCAGUCUCCGACCCACCUGAAAGGCAUGGCCCCCGAAGCUUCCUCGGGGAGCGGCCUCCCGAGCCCUCCUCUUCCCUCUCCUUCUGCCGUCCCCAUAUCCCUGGAGAAGACCAGCCCCAAGUCAGGAACGAAUCAUCACUUUGUCAUGGUGGAAGUACACCGGCCAAACAGCGAACCAGAUGUGAACGAAGUGAGGGCCCUGCCACAGACCCGAGCUGUUCUCCCGCUAUCACCCCCAGCAGCCUCUACCCUUUCCCAGCUGUCAGACAGCGGGCAGACACUCAGCGAGGACAGUGGCGUGGACACCGGGGAGGCAGAGGCCAGUAGCAAGGACCGAGGACGACAGCAGGCAUCCACGAAGGGAAGAGGCAACAAGGACCUCCCCCGGAACGAGGGAGCAGCAGAGGCAGCCUCCAAACCACCUGGCCUCUUGGAGCCCACCUCCUCUCUGAUCCGAGUGAUGAAGAGCGCCGCCACCUUGGGGAUCGCCAUUGAGGGGGGUGCUAAUACCCGACAGCCCCUGCCACGGAUAGUCACCAUCCAGAGAGGCGGCUCUGCACACAACUGUGGGAAGCUCAAGGUGGGCCACGUGAUCUUGGAGGUGAAUGGCAUGACGAUGCGGGGCAAGGAACACCGGGAGGCUGCCCGCAUCAUCGCCGAGGCUUUCAAGAUGAAGGAUCGGGACUACGUGGACUUCCUGGUCACGGAAUUCAAUGUGAUGCUUUAGGGGAAGGGCCCCCAGAGCCAAGUAAAAGAAGGACCCAAGGGAGAGUGCCCAGGAUCUGAGUGAUUAAGUCUAGGGGAGGUUCUGACGAGUUCUGUGUAAUGUCUCACACGUGUAAAACUGCACGUAGCUCCACGUCCAACAGACGCACCUUCCCAAGACCCUCUAGUGUCCCCCUCCUGGCACACGCAGACCCCUCUCCCCAGGCUGGGGGACAGGCACUCACCUGCCUAUGGCAAGGUGGCCUGAGGUGCCUGUUCCAACCAGCCUGACCACCAGCCCAGGUUAGGCCCACCUCCACUCCCCUUGCCCUCAGGGAAGAUCCUGUAUGAGGCACAUGGUCAGCCCGGGUGCGGGCAGACAGACAGACAGACAGACAGAUCGAUCUGUGUACCGCCUGGGCUCUCAGUGGGCCCCAGAAGAGCCCAGAGAGCAGGAAGAUAGGGACACCCGGAAGGACAAAGAACAAGAAAGAGGCUCAAGGGGAGGGGAAGAAAGAACUCCCAGGAAAGAACUGAAGAGGAGGCAGGAGAGAGCUCUUAGGCUUUUGUUUAUCCUUUCCCUGACCUGUUUACAGUUGUCACUGCUCUGCCCCAUCUCUGUGUGAAGGAAUAAUUCCUGUCUACCAUAUGCUCAGCUCCAUUGCCCUUUGCCUUCACCUUGAACCCUCUUGAAUCUCUUCUGAGUUUGGGGUAGAGGCUCUUCUGCCUUACCUCCCAGCUCCAGCCUCCUCCCCACCUUCCCCUGUUUGUGCCCCUUGGAGAGAAGAAUGUAUCCCAUCUGCCCCCGAGGAGCUUGGCUUCAUUCACUAUAAUCCCUUUUCCUUCCUCUAAGAAACUGUUAGCCAGAGCAGGGGUGAAGAGAGAGCUCUGGGACUUCAGCUACCAGGGGGUAGUCCCCAGGAAAUGCUCUACAGCAAUAUUAGUGCCACAGACUGGGUGGGCAGCAAGAGCCCUCCUGCCCUGGCUGUUGAUUCCACCCAGCUCACUUCUCUGCUGUCUUAUUUAUUAUUUAUUUUCUACCCUGUCAGCCAUGGAUCCCAUGCUUCCCCCUUUUCAGCCCCUAUCCUGUCUGGUCACCCUGUGCACAGCCUAACAAUGGAUGCCUUGUAAAUGGCCAGCAAUGUCAGUGUAUUUAUAUAAAGAGCUUGUGACUUUAAUUUUUCAAUAAAUCUAACA